UUAAUGAUAUAAUUGUUAUCAGUAGUAUUACCGGUUUAAACUGGUUUUACAUGCAUCCAAAAGUCAGUGUUUCCUCUCCAGUUAAGACAGCUCAGAAAAUGUUUGCAGGGAACAAACAGUACAGUAUAAUGGCGCUAACCCAUAUUUUCCACUGCGAUGCUUUCCCGGAGGCGCAGCGACCCCGCGAGCAAUCGUGGCCAUUCAAGUCGAUGCUUGAUAUUCCACCACCUACGUCGUGGCGCAUCCAAGAGGCGUGCGUGAAGUGCCUCUGCGCUCCGCUAAAGAGCAUCCAGUCAGUUUACCAAAAGACACCCUCCAAUUUUGGAUACGUCUCCUCUACCACACCAUGGAUGAGGAGAGAUCCAUCUUGGAGGUGGAACAACAUGAUAGACAUCACAGAUCCUUUUUAUGGACAGCACCAGAAAAGAGAAAGCAUGGAGUUUAAUUACAGGAGUGCUUGUAGUGGAAGGUAGAUACUAGCUUAAUAAAGAAAUGUGAUUGUUCUUUCAAGUACUUAUAGAGACAAUAAAAUCUGCUCCCGGUGUGGUAUGGCGAGUGGCGGAGGACAGAACAAAACCGCGGCGCAGCCGGAACGCAGCACAGAUGCGCUCAGUGGAAAAUCUGGGUGAAGCAGCUUUAAGGGGGGACCCCAGACUCCAGUCCCUGUCUCUGUCCUCGUCUUCCUCAUCCUCCUCCUCUUCGUCGUCAUCGUCGUCCUCCUCUUCCUCCUCCAUCUCCAACCACAGGACAGGUCCUCCUCCCAUUAGCCCCACCAAGAGGAAGCUAAGCGGGGACCAGGGGGACAGCGACAUGGACGACAACGAGCACGUGGCAAAGAUGAGCCGACUGUUUGCUACACAGCUGAAACCUCAUGGAGACUACCGCAGCGCUCCCAUCGUCAAGGACCGGAGCCGGAGCCCCAUCGAGCGCGUGGUGGUGCCCAGCACUCUGGGAGUCCACAGCAACCACCUGUACAGCCACGCCCACCACCACCAUCACCACCUGGCCAGCUUAGCCGGCAUGGACCAGCCACUGGCACUCACCAAAAACAGCAUGGUGGAGUCUGCACGCAGUAGCACAGCAGCUAUGGCCACGGUGCCGCACACAGUCAGCGCCGUGGAACGCCAGCAGAAUCGUCCUUCAGUUAUCACAUGCGCCCCCGCCAACAACCGCAACUGCAACCUGUCUCACUGUCCAGUCUCACACAACGGCUGUGCAAGCCUCGCUAACAACUACAGGAGAAUCAACACCAAUACAGCGUGCGACCCAGUAAUUGAGGAGCAUUUCCGCCGCAGUCUCGGGAAGAACUACAAGGAGCCCGAGCCCACCGCCACCAACUCGGUGUCCAUCACCGGCUCCGUAGACGACCACUUUGCCAAGGCACUGGGCGAGACCUGGCUGCAGAUUAAAAACAAGGGGAGUCCCUCAUCGUCCGGCAGCAGCCCAAACUCCUCCCCCGACAGUCACAUGGUCAGUCACAACCACUCCCCUUCUGUGGUCUCCUGAAGGAGGAGGGGUUCAAUAGGGAUUCGCCCCCGUUUCCCCAGCUCCCCCAAUCAUCUCGGCUCCAACACCCACGCCCUUGUCACUUUGGUCUGUCACCAGCAUCCCAGAGGGAAUGCCUGCCUGCUGGUCUGCUAAAAACAUCUGAAACCCUCAAGCCUGCUCUCUCUCUGUAUGCACUCAGAGGAUCAAUCAAGCAAUAAUGGUUGUUUUUUCUCCCCCGUCUGUCCUCUCGUAUGGUAUUGCCAGAAAAUAAUCAGUGAUGAGUGUUCAACUUUGGGACUCGACUGGAGCAUCAAGCCGCUCCUUCCAAUCAUUCAUCAUCCCUGCAUGUCAAGCUUGGAGCUGAGCAAGUGUCUGUAGUUAUAUGUACAUAAAGAGAGAGGAACGGUGGUGUUUUAAUUAUUGUUUUUCUUCUUUUUUUGUUUAUUUCUUUAACAGUAGUUUUGUGUACUGCUUUUGCGUUAUGGGAUGCCCGACAUUUGAAAGAAAAGAUAAGUGAAAAACACUUCGGAGAAAAUGAUCACAAACCACCUGACUGUGCUACCAAAGAAACCUCAGACACUGAUGUUUAUCACCGGCCACCUCGAAAACACAACAACAAAAAGCCAUCUUGUAAUCUCCCUUUUUGUUUUUAUAUUUUUGAAUUCUCUCACCUUCCUUCUCUCCCUCUCGCUAGUGUGCAUGUGUUCUGGUGGCGUUGUUACUGUAUGCGUAUACUUAGGUGAUCGACUCGGUCUAAUUUGCACUACUGCCGUAGAGGGUAAAGGGUGGCAUGUCACUAUUGUAAUCUGGCACUGCGCACACUGGGACUGAUAAUGCUGUUUUGGCGCAGUCUGGUAAAAUCCAGCUUUUGUUGGAACCUCUAUUUGAUCCCAUUAACGGUUAUUUAAAAUAGACCUGGGCAUAAUUUCAUCCUGGCUCUGACAGAAAAGUACAAUCCACAUUAUUAUGAGUUCUUUUUUGGAAAAAUGGAAAAUGCAUACCAGUGGGGCUGGGUGGUAUAAAAUAGAGAUAGGCAAAGUAUUAAGGAUGUGGAUACUAUGUGUUCGAAUAGAAAGUGAUUUUUGUCAGAUCACUGCAUGUUGAUUAGUGCAGCUGUAAACUACAAACAAACCUGCUUGCAUGGUUAGAGAAGGCGGACGUAAAAAAAAAAAAAGGUUGCUUGCAUUGCCCUCUGACAACCACUGUCAGGCCUAAACUACUUAACAUGCUUGAAUAGUGCCAAAUUGUUGCAUUUCAUUUUACAAGCGCAGUCAGGUUAUCAAAUUAGCCAACUGUGGUGUUGAUUGACAUCCCAGCCAUUAUGAGAGGAGAUCAGGGCUGAAAACAACGCUGCAUGUCACUUUGUGGUCGAAAAAAGAAAAAGAAAAAAAGAAGGUCUGGUUUCUCGACCGGGGGAGAGAAGAUUAUUCAGAUCUCUUCAAACACGCCUUUGUUUUUGUGUCUCUUUGAACACGGGUGUUGUAAUUAUAUUUGGCUUACACCCUGCCUACCCCUCCCUCUUCUACACACUGUGGUUUGGUAGAUUUCUACAAGGUUUGAAGGGUAAACUAAUGCUUUUACAGAUGCAUGUUUUUUGUUUUUUAAUAGCUGGUAUCUAUUAAUGUUUUCAAGCAUUUCAAUCUUAACUACUAUUAGCCUUUUCAUUUGGACGUUAGUUGUUACUUGUUUCGUUGUCAGUAACAGACAUAGACACUAUACACUCACUGCUGGGUCAGUCGUACUCCAUAUUAUUUUUAUUGUUAUUGUUAUUACCAUUUUGUAUUUUAGUUUUCCAAUAAUAUCAGUAUGGUAACAGACACCUAUAGUGGGACAGCCUCCGGACAGGCUCUGUUUAACCAUGAGAGCUGCGUUUCUCGAAACCACCUCAGCGCGGUGAUUGGUUCGCUCGUUCCCGCGGCAGAGCAGUGAUCGUUCUAGUGUUGAGUUGGCUUCAGGAUACGCAGCCCGUAAAGGAUUUCUUAAGAUGUUGAUCCAUCGGUGGUACGUGAUGCUACAACCUUCAGCAUGGCCGAGGGAAGACACCAAAUUAACACACAUUAGUCAGCAGGGCCUUGUUUUCCUGAAAAGCAUCUGCAGUGAGAUACCGUAAUAUGGGCUUUGUUCCUAUGAUUCGGUUUGGCGGUCCUCUUAAAAUCACCACCUUGGUACACACAAUAUUGCUGCAUUUCAAAAAGUACUUUGUACAGCACAGGCUAAAAACACUACGAUGCUUUUGGGAGACAAGGUGUUGUUUACGGUAAGAGCUAGUGAUGCCGGCUCCUAAACAUUUUGUUUAUGUUUUAAAAGCUGUGAAAAACUGCUGAGGAAAAAAAAAAAAAAAGCUGAGGUAGAAAUCAAAACAUAACAUUUGCUGAUAAUAAGGGUCUAUAUCUGAAUUUCUGGUGUGAUGUCACAGCUCCUUCAGCCUUCAUCAGUUGACUUUUUGUGUCCUGACUUGGUGUCCAGACUUUUUUUUUUUUUUUUUCCUUGUACUUCAAUGCUUUCUUUUCUGAACAACAUUGUAUUGUUGCUGCAGUUAAGCUAGACUGCUGCAGUCUGAGAAAAUGAAUUGUACUUGUUACUCUUGUUUAAAGAGCCUGCGCCAUGGUGGCAAACAUUCCUCCUGUAAGGAACUUUGUAAAGGCCUCCUAUACACCCAGUAUCUCCAAAUCAACGGACAGAGCUGAUAACGAGCCAGGGCCAACUGUCCCAGAGUUUCAUGCCAACAGGGUUGCUUGUGUCUUUACCAGAAUUACAAGGUGUCCACUUUUGCAAAAAUGUUUGUUGUUGCAUCAAGCAAAUUGGCCAUAAAUUUAACACUGUUUGAUAAAGGAACAAACAUGCAUUUAUGACAUAAUAUUUUUGAGGACAUUGGGAGCAUAGAAUAAAGAGAACCGGGGCUAGCAGUAGACACAGAUGUGAGUCAUUCUGUAGCAAUAGUACAGAAUGAUUUCAUGUCUCUGAGCAGAGGUUGAAAGACGACAAGGCAUAUAUGUGUUUGUGAUGGAUGCACUCAUUAUACUUGAUAAUAACGACCUAAACCAGAGUUCUCUAAAUGGAACACGCUUUCUCUGUGUUCUAGAUGUCCACACAUUCCAUCCUCGACUCAACAGAUCUGAUAGUGAAAGUUCUAGAAUCUUCAGAUACACGUUUUCCAUGCACAUUUUCAAUCCGAACGCAACUGCCAGUAAUUGAAUUUCCCAAACGAAUAAGUACUCAGUCUAAAUGUGCUUUCUGUGACAGGUUCAGAGUGAUUUGGAUGGUGAUUUUUAGCAGGCAGGUUAUUUUUAUUUUUGGUGGGGGGGGGGAAGCAGAGCUUCAGGAGCUGAGCUUCUGUAAGCAGGACCUGUGAGCCAGGAUACGUUCAGCGGACACAGCGGUCUUUUAAAAAUCCCCCCCCCCCGCCCUCUCAGAUUCAGCUGACCCUGAUUAAGAGUUGAUGUUCUAAGCAACAUGCUAGAAAACACGAGGGAAAAGGGCUCAGUGUCCAGAGGAGAUUGUUUUUCUAUUAUUAUUCUUUCUCAUUAUCAUUUCACUACCACCCUGUAAGUAGGAGGCUCUCUUUCUGCUACGGCACACACUCCCUACACACUGUAGGAAAAUCACUUCAAAAAAAAAAAAAGUACUUUUUUUAUAAUAGGUAACUAUAAGACUAUCAUUACGCUGUGCGUAACGUAUGUACAGAGAAAAAAAUCGUAGGUAUUUUUUUGAGGAACAAUUAAUUUGUUAAUGAUAUGUAGCUAUUUAAUUGUUGUUUUCCCUGUCCUUACAUUGUAAUCAUUGCAUUUUCUUUUUUGUGAAAAAAGUUGAUCUUUUUUGUUUAUAGAGUUUGUCUUGUUAGAGUAAAGGUUCAAGUGCAGGAACACAGUAAACGUAUGAAACCCCAAUAAGGCCACUGGUGUGUCGGUGAAAAUCGCUACUUCCAUUGGUCCCUGAUGUUCUGCAGUCAUUUAACUUGUGUUCGAUUAUGUCACUUCUGAGACAGCUGAACAAAAGAGGUCGUACUUUAAGAGACCUCUUGAGCAAGUUGCAAGUUUUGCAUUAAUGGAACAAUAAUUUUGCCACUAGCCCAGUGAGUCCUGCCAACCAUUUCUAAAUCCUUUCUAUUUAACUAUUAAAAAAAAUUACAAUAAAAAUUAACAUUAGUCAUGGGCUAGUAGGCAGCUACGUUUUCCACCACUGUAUGUAAGGAAUAUAAAUUCAGGUUUUUGACGUUUUUUUUUUUUGUUGAUUUGUUUUUGGUCUACAGAUGGGAACUGAGCUACAAGUAAAACAAUCAGUUCAUUUGAGAACGUCUGAUUGGUUUAACACACUAAAGCUGAACUGAUGAAAACCUGACAGCAUUUUCGUACAUUUCUUGUACUCAAAGUGUAUCUGCUUCAUCUCCGUUACCAGUCACAGAGGCGGAGAUCAAAGCUUUAAGUCGUCAAACUCGUAUUUGAUGUCGCUUGUCCCAUCUGUGGAGGCCAUUUUGCAUCUGUAAUUAAGUAAACAUGAAAAUUGUGCAGAUAAAUCAAAGAGAAUUUGUUCUUUACUCUGACUGUACCACAUUUUCCAGGUCCUUUUUUGAAGUGGAAGUAGCAUGUACUUAGUGGUAGUAAUACUCUGAACUGUAAAAAACAAAUUGUAUCAAGAAAACAGUCAAUGUGUGGCUCUGUGUCUCCUCCUACUAAAAAGGUUUUGGCAGGCCACCUUUUUUGUACGUAAAGUAGCCUUGAUGAACAAUAAAGUGCUUUUAAACCAC